CAAAAUUCUUUUAUGGUCGACAGCAUCACUUUUACCAAACUGAGCUCUCUGAAUGUUGGACUGCCUUUUCUUGUAAACCACAGCUCCGACACCGACCAUAAAGACUUCGGAGGUGGAGAUUGGAGAAGGAGACGAAGGAGAAUUGUUGUGUUGUGCCGGCGAAGGAGGCGUCGACGACAUGGGGUUCCGGUGCCAGACUUGUGGAUUUCGGAUCUGCAGAGAGAAUCAACGGUGGAUUAAAGAAUGCCAAUAGAAAAGGAACAAUCUCUAUCCUUUGUAUCGGGUUCUUCUUAUUGGAUAUGGUAUAUAUUCAUGAAGUUCUAAAGUUGAAAACCAAGUAGAAAGAGUGAGAGAUGGGGAAAUUGCAGAAUUUUGCUGGUGGGCUUCGACCGACUCCUGACCCAAAUCAGUUUCUGGGUCCUUCAAGAACAACUGCUGUGAAGCUUUCUCUAUUCUCCUGGCAGAACGAACUUUACUCUUCAAGGUUUCAUUGGUUUUGAUGGCUUGCAAAUUGGACGCUUGUUUUGAAGGGAAAUUUACAAUGAGACUACCUAGGGGAUACUCAUGUGAGUUCAAAGGAGGUUUUGGAUGGAAGAAGGGAAGAAAAUAACUAGGCAAAGAUGGUUUAGAUGGGAAUAGGUAUUCUCACAAUUAGCCAUUCAUUCUUGCAAACACACUUGUUUCGCCACGAGCAUACCUAUUCCCGUCUAAACCAUAUAUGUCUAAUUGUUUCAGCAAGUGGAAGGCAUUGGGUUGUAUGUGAUGAGGUGUUGGAUUCAUCAUUUGGGCCAAUCCUUCGAGGCUUACUCUCCCAAUCACAGAAGUCAAUGGAGAUGUGGUGCAAGCAAAACGGUGUUCCAUUCCUAGAUCUUGGUGUUGAGGAUGAUCAAACUCUUCAAGGGUCAGAAGGGCAAAAUGAUCAAGCAGGUUCUGAUUCAAGUGAUUGGGAUUGAAGGUCCGAGGAUGAAGACAACCAUACUCUAGGUUGAUUAGCGUUGAUCAAUAGAGGUGAUGUGUGUUGGGUUAAGAUUUUCAUUUUGAAAAUGGAUGUUUCUGCGUCAUUUGACACUGGUUUAAACGUUUGUUGGAUUGAAUUGUAUUGUUCUUUACAACUUUGUUGAAUGCUUUUUGAAAUAUUUGAUUUAAUGGUUGAAUUGACAUUUGGUAUUAGAUUUAUUGGAUUGGAUUUGGUAUAAUUGUAAACAUUAGGGGUUCAAAUAUAAAUAAUU